AUGUGGCAUCCUGAUGAUUUUGUAUUUGUACCUGGUCGAACACCAUUGACAUCUUUGAAAUUUCUUGUUUUUAUUUCGAUCGUUCAUUUCAUAAUGACAUGUAGUUUAGAAAUGUUAAUGGCUAAUCGUACUAAACCAAUAAAUGUACGUCGUAUUCAACGUUAUAAUAAUUUGCUUAUUGGUAUAUAUUCAGGUGUAACUUUGUAUAUAUUCUAUUUGAGUAAAUUAUGGAAAUUUAUUGAUAUUUACUUUGUUAUUUUAAAUAAAACACCAGUACUUAUGCAUUUUCGUUGGCGUCAUCAAACAACAUCAUCAGUAGUAUUAGCUAGUUUACUUGGUGAUGUAUCAUAUGAAUGGGCAACAAUUGUUUCUAAUUCACUUCUGCAUACAUUUACGUAUCCACAUUUUGCUGGUGUCUGGAAUGCAUAUCCAAUUCUUCUUGUAUUAGGUGCUUGGCAAUUAAUUGUUGGUCUCAGUUUGAGUAUAUAUGGAAUUACAGUUGGCUGUGAUGGUUCAUUUUAUGCUAAACUAUGGGGUCUCCUAAUAUAUAUUACUUAUACAAUAGGUUAUCUUAAUAAAUACUUUCAUCUAGUUGAUCGUCUUAGACAUUUUAUUUCAACUUCUCGUCAUGCUUCAAAAACAUUAUAA